CCGAGGUGGGGAACAUGGCCGUCAGGUUCCUGUGGGCGGUCCGGCGGCGGAUGCAGCCCCUCCUGGCCUCGAGUGGCGCGUCAGAUGGCAGGGGAUGGCUGCAUCCUUUCAGCACUGCCACCCAGAGAACCGCUGGUGAAGACUGCAAUUCUGAGGACCCUCCUGAUGAACUUAGGCCCUCUCUUGCAGAACGAGCCUUAAAGCUAAAAGCUGUUAAACUGGAGAAGGAAGUCCAGGAUUUAACAGUGAGAUACCAGAGAGCUAUAGCUGACGGUGAAAAUAUAAGAAGGCGAACCCAGAGAUGUGUAGAAGAUGCCAAGAUAUUUGGAAUCCAGAGUUUCUGUAAGGAUUUGGUGGAGGUGGCAGACAUUUUGGAGAAGACUACAGAGUGUAUUUCUGAAGAAACAGAGCCUGGGGACCAGAAGCUCACUCUGGAGAAGAUCUUCCGAGGCUUGUCACUUUUAGAAACAAAGCUGAAAAGCGUGUUUGCCAAACAUGGCCUGGAGAAGAUGACACCCAUUGGUGACAAAUAUGACCCUCAUGAGCAUGAACUCAUCUGUCAUGUGCCAGCUGGUGUUGGGGUGCAGCCUGGCACUGUGGCAUUAGUAAGGCAGGAUGGCUACAAGCUUCAUGGCCGCACCAUUAGACUCGCCCAGGUGGAAGUAGCAGUGGAGUCUCAGAAAAGACUAUGAAUGGGCCCAGAGGAACUGAAUGUUCUCCCGGAGUGCAGUCACCUGUGAUUCCUUUAUUUAUUAAACUAGGUUCGUAUUGUACAUGAGGUACUUCAUGUGAUCUGUUUUGGAUUUAGUCAUAUUGGCUUUAUUUCUAAGAUACUCUUUUGAUUUAAAGUGACCUGUUUGGUCUCAUCAGAAGUCUUGCCAUUGGGCAUCUGAACAAUGUGACAAGUGUUCCUGUGGCCUUAUCAAAAUAUGUUUAAGAAAAUUAUUUUUAAAUUGGUACUCUGAUGACUUUCAAUCCAAAAUUUUUUUAAAGGUGGAAAUGAGUAUAUGUUUAUGUAUUUUCAACUAAAUGUUCCUUCCUAAUGGUCCCUAUAAAAGGAAUUGUAUAGAAUCUUGUAUUUGUGGGAAAAGGAGAUGGUAGGGAUUGGUUUAACAUUUGAGUACUUAAAUGAUAAAGCUUUAUAGUUGCAUGAAUUUAAAUCAUUUCGGUUGAUUUUUAUGCAUGUAGAUUUUCAGGACUUCCCGUUUUUAUUUUAUUUUUCUUUUAGCCAUCUUUUGUCCUUGUAGUUCCUGCCAGAUAGACUUCAUAUUCACACUCAUUGUCCCUUUUAAAUCCCAUUUACAAGGCUAAUGGCCCAGGCAAAACUUGGAAGGCAGAGACUGGCAAGAAAUCAAGAUACCAGGUCCCUUUCAAGCAAGUAUGGCCAAGAAACCUUGUGCUUUCUUUGUUAUCUUCAAAUUAUUUUCAGCCUCCUCCCUAGGUAUAUAAUCAUUUCAGGGAAAUUGAGGCAGCACCAACAGCUAAAGACCUAAAUUGGUCUAUAUAGGUAAUUUAUCCACAACUUUUCUUUCCACCAGCCCUUAAAUCCUCUGCCACUUUGUCAGAUUUACCUUAUGAUCCUUUAUUAGAUUACGUGGGGAGGUGGUCAGGACAAAAAUUGUUAGGCUCCCAUGAUUCCUCAUUAGUUAUGCUAGGUUUGGGGUGGUUUUUUUGUGGGGGGCGUGGGGUACUCACAAUUCACUACCUCUCUUACAUUGACAAGCUUUAUUUCCUAGUUUUUGUCUCUGUCUUAUGUCACAUGUGUAAACAUCUAGCUCACCUUUUAUGUAUUGACCUCCUAGAGUUAAUGAGCCUAUGUGUAUAAUUUUUAUUUCAGUCCUGCUUACAGUGUUCUGUAAAAAAUUUAUUCAAUAAAUGAGUUAGUGAAAGAAUGAGAUAUAUAUAGAUAUAGAUAAAUAUAAAUUGGACAUUAGAAAGGAGGUCAUAUGUUUAUUUUAAUGUUAGAAGCAGCCUUCAUGGUGAUCUAAUCUCACCCCUUCACCUUCUUCUGAAGUAUGAAAACAUAGUCCUUUUAGGACUAGACUCAAAGAAAAAAAAAAAUCUCUAAAACUAGUAAACUAAAUUUUAGUGAGAACUUAAGUAAGAAACAACUAGAUACUAACUUCAGUCAUUUAAGAUUCAACAGUUCUAUAACAAACAUGCAAAUAUGUCCCCAGCAGAGAAUUAAAUGUUGUUAUGUGUCCAGAUUGCCCAGGUUUAGGUUUAAGUUACUUACCCAUAAAAUAAAUCCAUUUCUACUAGAACUCUAUGACCCCAUUCUGUGGGGUGGUGAAAGUUAUCCUCUUAGACAUCAUAGAUAGUUCUAGCAUACUACACAAGCAUGUAUCAACAAAGCAUCCCCCAAUGGGUCCUACCACCUCCACCAGAUUUAGACACUUAAAAAAAACAAAUACAUGCUUCUAAGAUGCAAGCAAAAGACUGUUGGUGAGAUUUUAAAACCAGAACCUCUUUUGGCAUUUCACUAAGUACAUACUGUAAAUAUAAUGAGCAGUCAGAUUUCACAAUAGGAAUUUGUCUUUUUUUGCCUUCAUUCCUUUGAGAUUGACAAAUAGUGACGACAAGAAAAUGAGCCAAUUGUGAUUUCCUUUGUGUUCUUGGAUCACUAGCUAUCAUUACCAGUGAAUUAGAAUAACCAUAAUUUUAGGUGUGGAAUGUUCUGAUUACUUGAAGAGUUUUUAAAUAUUCCUUGCAACCUCCUGUUUUAGCAAGUAGACUGAGAAUAAUUUUAGAUUCUUCUAUUAUUCAGUAGUUUUGCAGACUUAAAAGUAUAAAUUUAGAAGAUGGAGCUAUAACAGUGAGAAUCUCAAAAUGCUGAAGGGCUUUCACGAGCCAGCGCAGCAUAACAGAGCAUAUGCUUAGUAGGCAUCAACUUGAACAUAAUUCCCAGCCUAGUCACUUCACUCUUCUGAGCCUGCUUCCACGUUUGUAAAAUGGUUAUAAUUCUCAAAAUAUUGCGAGGAUUAAGCGAAAUGUGCAAAUUGCCUAUUACAGUAGGCCCUCAAAUAUUUAUUUUUAUUGCCUUUUAUUAUACACAUUUUUUUGUAUGUUUUCAUAGUUGCCUAAAGUCUAGGGGAAGGGAAAGACUGGUUAAGUGGUGCUUGACUAUAAAAAAAAAUGUAAUCUAAUCAAUCACAGUGAACUUAUUUUCCUUUUAGCUUCUUUUUUGUGUGUUUGUCUGUUUUUUGUUUUUGCGGUAUGCGGGCUUCUCACUCAUGGCCUCUCCCGUCGCGGAGCACAGGCUCCGGAUGCGCAGGCUCAGCGGCCAUGGGCCUAACCACUCCGCGGCAUGUGGGAUCUUACCGGACCAGGGCACAAGCCCGUGUCCUCUGCGUCGGCAGGCAGACUCUCAACUACUGCGCCACCAGGGAAGCCCCAUGUCUAUUUUAACCGUAACAAGGAAGUCUACAUUUUUAGACUGGAGAAAUAAGAAAAUUGUUUCAGUGCCCUUAAUUAUUUACAUCUUGAUGGUAAAGUAAAAAGACAUCAUUGGCUUGCAGAUGAUAGGUGUAAGGAAGCUUUGACUCAUUUGAAGAGGGAUCGUGGUGCUUUAGUACUUGAAUUUUACCAAUCUUCUGUGGAUUUUCCUCACUGCCAUAAAGGAAUUAUUCAGUUUGAUACUGAUAUAAGCUUGUGGUGCUCUUUCAUGGCAAAGGAUUUAAUAAGUGAAGAAAGGUUCUUAAACACUAAAGCAAAAUCAAAUAAGGAAGACUAAGGAUGAAAUAUAAUCUUCAGAAACAACUUUAAUAAAAUCUUAAUUGAAAUAACUGUUUCACGUGUUUAGUGUCUUUGUCUGCCAGAUUCAUAUUGUGUAUUGACGUGGUCACUUCACUGAUUGCUGCCCCACCUGUUGACGCUCAGUGGCGGUACCAGCAGCACAGCCAAGUGGAUGCAGUGUAGGCAUUCCACACCUUGCCUUGGUGUUGAAGUCUUAUCUGUUCUUCUACCUCCUUGACUUGCUUCCUUCUGAUUUCUAUGUAUUUCUUAGAUCUGGACUCCUGUUUCUGACUUCCUCUCUGGCACUGCCUUUUCUUGUGCUCGCUUCUUGGUUCUAAUUGUCUUCUUACCUGCUUUAAUCAUUUCACUUGAACUGCAGGACUUCUGACCAUCCUCUCAACCAGAUUACUGGCAUGUGGCCUACUGCUUCCAUAAGCCCUUCCCAACCUUUGCCUGGCCUUUCCUUUACCUCUGCUUCUCCACUGGCUUCCACAUACCCAGCCUCCCUGGCUAAGUGCCCCUCUUUGGAACCAGCCUUUCCUGUAGUUUUGGCCUUGCCUUUUCAUCAUUCUUCCAGUCUUGUCUGCAUACCCUGGCUCCAUAAUCCAUUGCUCCUCAUACUCCCAGUGCUACCCUGUAAGUAUAUUCUUAUUCCUGUUCACUCAGACUUUGUCCACAUUCUCAAAUUCACUGGAGGUUUUAAAACACGACUCCAAAAUCUCCUUGAAUCUGGACUAAUAGAAUAUAGGGAAGUGACACUGCUGGUUUCUGACCCAAACCUUCCUGUCUCUGGAUGCUCACUCUUGAUACCCAGCCAUCAAACCAAAGAGUGAGCUUAAGUAGCCUGUGGAGUGGAACUGAGGGCCAUGGCUGAGCUUUCAUCUGACAGCCAGCAGCAUCCUGACAGCCAUCUCAGUGAACCACUUUGAAAGUGGACUCUCCA